AUGCUGGUGCGGUGCUACCGGGGCAAGCCCGCCGUGUGGGCCGCCCUGCUGGUGCUGGUGCUCUGCUGGUUCUACAUCUUCCCCGUGUACAGGGUCCCCAGCGACACGGAGAUAGUGGACGAGGUGCUGAGGCAGGGCGGAGUGUGGCAGAAGAACCAGACCGGCAUCGAUCUGUACAGGAAGUUGUUGACGGACUGCUGCGAUCCACGGAGGACGUUCGCCGUCACCAAGGAGAACUCGCCGAUGGGGAAGGUCCUGUGGUACGACGGGGAGUUUUACCACUCUCACACCGUCAACAACGAGACCUACCCACUCUUUGUGCAGCGCAACCCUCUGCAGUUCCCCCUGAAGAAGUGCGCGGUGGUGGGCAACAGCGGCAUCCUCCGACACAGCAAAUGCGGACAGCACAUUGACCGGGCCGACUUCAUUCUGAGGUGUAACCUUCCGCCACUCUCAAAGGACUACGUGGAGGAUGUGGGAACCCGAACACACCUGGUAACUGCCAACCCCAGCAUCAUAGAGAAAAGGUUUCAGAACCUUCUGUGGUCGAGAAAGGCCUUCGUGGACAGCAUGAAGGUCUACGGCUCCAGCUACAUGUACAUGCCAGCGUUCUCCAUGAAGCCCUGCACCGACCUGUCUCUGCGGGCAUCUUACGCCCUGGCAGACUCCUCCUCCAACCUCACCAUGCUCUUCGCCAACCCAGAGUUCCUGCGCACGGUGGGCAAAUUCUGGAAAGCCCGAGGCGUGCACGCCAAGCGCCUCUCCACGGGGCUCUUCCUGAUCAGCCUGGCCCUGGGGCUGUGCGAGGAGGUGACGGCCUACGGCUUCUGGCCGUUCGCCAUUGGCCUGGAUGGGAAGCCGGUCAGCCACCACUACUACGACAACAUCCUGCCCUACAAGUGGUUCCACACCAUGCCCGAGGAGUUCGUCCAGCUCUGGCACUUGCAUCAAAGCGGCACGCUGCGCAUGAAGGUGGAACACUGCCCCCCUUAG